GACAAGAUUCAAACAAAAGUUGUUAAACCAAGCCUGUUCUCAGAUGAUAUUUUAUAAGUAUUCUAUUAAAAAUUGUGUAAUGAAAGAGUGGCCUUAAUUCAGGAUAUCAUAAUAUUGAGUACAUAUUCAUUAAAAUGGACAUCAACGAAGUAAGCACCACAGAAGACCUAUGGACCCCGUACAAGGAGCUAGCUGCAGUCGUGGACAGUUACUUGAGCAGCGAUGGUGGCAGUGCACCCUACGCUGUGCACACCUUCGAGGCGGUGCUGCGGCGGCAGGCUCAGGCCUUCCGCGCGCUGCCACACAACCCGCCAAAGAACCCGGCGAGCCGCGAGGAGAUCAAACGCGGCGUGACAGAGGGCGUGACGCUGCCCAGCCUGGGCAAGACCAUGCUCUCCAAGGAGCUGGUGGAUGAGGCCAUCAUCAUAUCAGACAUGUUCAACGUGAACGAGUACCUAGCGCUCGAGCUUCUCCACACGGCGCAGAGACAAGGCCCUCGGCACCCCGGGCUCGCCAGGGGGCUGCUCGCGGUGCUCCUGUACUACGACGGCCGGCGGGCGCUGCUGCAGGCCUUGAAGGACACCCUCACAGCCCGGGACGGAGUGUGCUGGUCUAUAAACGCGCGCGAGGAUAUAGUGAAAUAUGUAACCCGCUACGUGGACCAACUGAUUCGCGAUGGCCUGCUAGGCGGCGUGCUCGACUCGCUACGCGGGUUCACGCUCGGCGGGCAGCUAGAGCUCUUGCAGCAACACAGAGCACUACCGCCGCGUGAGCAUCACGCCAAGCUCGUCAGAUCUAUAGAGGGCACCAGAAAGCUGCUUGCUGGAGUAGUAUUUGCGGCGUCGGCACAGAGGGGACUCGAACGAGAAACGCUACUACGGCUGAUCAACGAGCAAACGACAUCGCCUUCCCAGGGGCCGACGGGCGCGCUCGACGAAGUCUCUCUCGCGCUACAGAUGGCUCUGCUCUACGCUUUAGACUUGUCAGUCUUGCACAGACGUGAAGAUGGCGAAGAGCUGGCAAAGAAGCUGCCCCUCAUCCAGGAUCCGGAGCUGAUCGGUAUACUUAUAGACGAGUUGCUGCCCAGCCCGCCUUCCAGCAAGGAACCCAAGUCCAAAGCAGGUCAAGGCGCCCGAGCGCUGUGCCAGUUGUCGCUAGGGCUGGCACUGGCGGCGCUACGUCGCGCGCCUCAGUCCCUCGCCCUGUCGCGCGAUCAAUCGCACCGCGACGAAGAAUUAGUCGACGCCGCGACCGAAAACAAGGUGUUCGAGUAUUUGGACGAGGCCAUCCUCUCCACAGAUCUCGUGAUGAAAGAGGAGUACUACCAGCGCCGGAUACACGUGCUGCUCACGGACUUCAUAGUACUGAUGCAUUCCAAACUGGUGGAGAUGAGAGUCAAGGCCGACGAAGCCGCCCGCGCCAUCCAAGUGUACGUGGCGGAAGGGCUGACGCCCCCGCCUGGCGCCGGCCAGAGCCGCGCGCGGCUGGACGCGCUCCUGCGCUGCGUGGAGCGGCUGUACGCGCAAGACCCGCUCGGCUUGCGCCACGACUACUGGCAGGCCGAGCAGAACCCGACCAGGUCUGCCUUGGGCGGGCGCGCCACCACCCUGUACAAGUUCGUCCGGCUCUCCGGGGAGCUGGUGUGCCCGGCGCUGCUCCCCGGCUACCUGCGCGCGCUGGCGUCGCUGGCCGUGCCCCGGCACACGUGGGCGCUGCUGUCCCGCCGCGACGCGCUGUCCGCACACCAUCUCCUCUCAGCCCUCAGGAGAUACCACUGCCACCUCCGCACGGACCUGGCGCCGUUCUCCGAGACCAUGCACGCGGCGUCGCUCGGCGGCUCGGCCGUGGUGACGCCGGCCGCGCGCCCGGGGAAAAUGCUCGUCCGGCAGGAGGAAGUUGAAGCAAUGAUAGCAGCUUUGAAGCUAAUAGCAGCCGUGGCUCGAGAGGACGCCGCCGCGGGUGCUGCCAUCUGUGAGACGCUACAGUGGGACGCUACGAAUACUAUGUUCGGUCUGACGUGCUGCCAGAUCCCUAUCCGGCUGAAGGCGUCCCUGUGCGACGCGCUGGGCGCGCUGGGCGGCGCGGCGGCGGCGCGCGUGUGGGCGGCGCUGGAGGCCGCGCAGCUGCUCGCCGGCGGCCGCGGCCUGCAGGCCGACCUGAACGAGAUCGAGACCCGAAUGGAGGAGUACCCUCUAACCAUCGCGUUCCUCAAGCUGCUUAUAUCUCUCUGUACCGCCGCGCCCCUCCCACGCUCGCUCGGCGCGGGGACCCGCGUCCCGGGACUAGACCCCUACGUGGAGUACGUGACCCGCGUAGCGCUGUCAGCGCCGCACAGACCUUACAAGAAACCCUCUCAGCGGCACCAGAUCCUGUCCCUCUGCUACAACCUGCUGACGAUCUGGCUGGAGCAGUACGAGCCGUCACCCUCGGACUUCCCCCCUCCGGAGCGCGAGCCGGCCAGCGCGCCCCCGCCGGGCUUCAGAGUGCUGGCCCAGCUGCACUCGCAGACGGACCUGCUGCGGCUCACGCUCGCCUCGCUUGACGAGGUGCCGGUCAUGGUGGAGCAGCAGGAGCAAUAUCUAGAAGAAUGCAUCACUCACGUGCUGACGAUACUGGAGCGCGCGUUGGCACUUGAGAGAGCGUUAGUUCGCAGCGCGAGCGAAGCCGGGCGCUCCGUACUAGUGCUGGGCCUGUCCAAACUCAUCCUAGAGCCCGGUGGGAACGGCAGCGACCCCCUGACGCAGUGCUGCCUUGUGCUCGCGCACAGCUCCGCGCUGCCGCUGUGCGCCGCGCGCGCCGCCGCGCUGCUCGCCCGCGCGCUGCUCGAGCCGGCCGCCGCGCGCCAUCUGCAGGAGCACGCCGGCUACAGGGCCCGGGAGAUACGACACUGGUUCGUGGAGUGCCUGGACGCCGACGAGUGGCCCGAAGCGUCCGGAGCCAGCGUCCGCCGCGCCAAGGAGCUGGUCGUGGGCAUACUGCAGCACACGCUGCCCAGCGCCGCGCCCAACCUGUCCCAUCUGCUACUAGGCUACCAGAACCAUGAAGACAUCUCGCGCAGUGCCUUACACGAGCCGGGCGUGGGAGGUAGCCCUCGGACCUGUCUACACUCCGUGUUAGAUAUACUGGACGCCCACAUCGCCGGGCAAAACAGCCACGAGAGACAAGCUGACGACCUGAUAGAGAGUUGCUACCGACUGGUGUACUGGCUGUGCGCGCGAGCCAACACUUCCGGCCCUGCGCUCCGACUGUUGCGUGCGCGGGACCACUUCCUGUCGCGCCACGUGCGAGCCACCACCAACCUGCAGACUGCCUGCGUAGCCACCUUGUCCUCCCGAUCCUGGGUACUCCGAGCUUGCGCGAGUGAAGUAGGAUGCGCGUGUUGCGCGCGCCAGCACGCCGCCAUAAGCGCGUUGCUGCGAGCCCUGGCCGCUACUAAUCGAUCACAGGAGUGGGAAGGCUGCCUGCUGCGGAGGUGCCUCAGCGCGCUGCCGGUGUCCGCGCCGCCGCCGCCGCAGCCGCAGUGGGAGCUGUUCAACCCCUCGCUGCUGGCGCAGGCCAUUGCCAGCUGCGAUAUACCCGCAGGUCCGUCGUCGAAGCGCAUCUCGGUGUCGCGCGUGCACGCGCUGCUGGCGCGCGACCUCGCCGCGCUGCCUGUGUCGCAGCCGCAACGCGCGCUCGUGUCUGCCGAGAUACAAAAGGUCCUGGACUACGUGACGGAUGUGAACAAGCAGCGCAACCUAGCGGCCACGCUAACGCACUACUACGACUCAUGGCGCCAGCUCACCGAGAUCAUCUUCUGCGUCGUCCCACAGGACCUGCUGCCCCUCGACACCAAGAAAAACCUCCUCAUCAGCAUCCUACAGGACCUCCUUAACAAGAUCCCCGACUCAGACCCUCCAGUCAUCCCACAACUGGGCGUCCUUGCCUCCGGAACUGUCCUACUACUACUAGUCAACUUAAGACACUGCUACAUCCUACAGAGAAAAGAAUCCAAUAUGAAAUCCUCAGAUUUCGACACCACAUUCUUCAGCUCAACGCAAAUGCAAACCAAAUCUCUACCCCUCAAGUUUAUAUUACACAAAAUCCUAUCCUGGAUCUUUGUAUCUGGCGACCAAUCUCAGAAACUCCGAGUGAACUUGUACGGGGCGUUACUGAACUUUUUGAAUAUAGUAAACAUGAAGCAUCAGGAUAAUGAGGAGAGUCAGGAUACGACCUAUGUUAGUCGGUUGGACGCGUCGCGGGUGCGAAGUAGUCGGGAGGAGUCGUCCUUGAAGAGCAUGGUCAUUGAUGAUAUCAAAUAUUAUGGGGUUAAUCUGUACAGUAUUAUUGGUGCGGACUGCGUGCGGGCGGGUCACGACGCGUGCCGCAUGGUGGCGCUGUCGUGCAUCGCGUCGCUGAUCGACAUCGACCCGCGCACGGACUGGAUCGCCGCGCUCAGCAACCAGGGCCUACUGCGCGCGCUCACCGACAGCUUGCUGGCCAUGGACGAGGGGCUCAGAGAGGCGGUGGAGCCGAACCCGAAGUCCCUCCGCGUGAUCUACCUGUACGAAUCCAAGAUGGCGCUGCUGACCCGCGUGGCGGGCUCCGCGGCCGGCGCCGAGGCGCUGCUCGCGCACGGCGCGCUCCAGGCCCUCGCCGAGCUCACUGUGCUGAGGAACCACCCGGAUAUACACGCUCCUAGCGAACAGCAGUUCGUGCCCGACCAGGCUGACAGAUAUCGUCAAAUCCUGAUCCCGGCGCUGGCGUUCUGCGACGCGCUGCUGACGACGCUCGGCAGCGAGAACGAGAGCUGCGUGCAGCUGAUCAUGCAUCUCCUUUACACUAACGUGGAAUGUAUGGACAUGGUGCUACGCGCCGCGCACCCUACGUCCGCCCCCGGCCUCCUAACCGAAGUGGAGUGCCUGACGUCGGUGCUGGCGCGGUGCUCCGCGUGCGCGGCGUUCGGCGCCGGCGAGCUGGCCGCCGAGCGCGUCGGCCGCACGCGCCUGCUGCUGGCCGCGCUGCUGCCGCGCUUCCAGCGCGCGCCCGCCGAGCCCGACCGGGACCUCACUACCUACUACCGGAUCGUGUGCAACAUCCUGACGUUCACCCGCAACACCGUGGAGGCGUGGUUCCUGAGCGGCGAAGCGCCCGGCCCUCUGCCGCCCUACACCGCGGUCCUGACUCUACUGCAGGACUCUGUGGCCCACGCGCAUCAUCACCACAAGGCGCUCUCCACCACUCUACACAGACUGGACAUGCGAGCGUUACUGCCGUCAAGCGACACGAGCGACGCGCCGGCGUCGCGCGCGCGCUCGCUGCGCAGACAGCUGCAGCAGUGCUCGCACGCCGCCUGCCUGGCGCUGCACCUGCUGUGGCGGAUGGCGCAGUGCACCAAGCACAGAGCCGACGCUCCCGCGCUAAACGGUACCUGGCAGACCGCCCCCGCCCUCGUCCCGGCUGAACUACGCAAGGAGCUGGCCGCCACCUUCAGCGAGAGGUUCACUCAGAGCCUGCUCGACUGCGCUGGGACGCAGUCGACGCAGCGGUUCUUCCUGGACGUGAUCGUGAAGGACAUCAAGACUAUGAUGCAGUUCUAGCGGGCCCGUGACCCCGACACGAGGUCUGGAUGCCUCCCUUUGUCUCCAACGUGCAGAAAAAGGACGGCAUGUUGCCUAUGAUCAUAUGUCUAUGAUAAACAUAUGAUAGUGGACUAUCGGCCUUAG